CACUAUGGAAAUGACACCUGUAAUAAUUUUGGAAAUCACUAUCAUGAAGGUCCCAGGUAGUGGAUAAAUAAUUAAUCUAUCACAAAACCUAGUGAAUGAUUUGUUCAUCAAAUAUCACCAAAUUGGAGAAAGGAAAAGGGGUGGAGCCUUAACCCCUCCCCACCUGCCAUUUUCCUCCCAGGACUGACGUUGCGCUCUCUGCGAGGAAAGUACAAUUAUACUGCACUGCAACUCGGAUGGAUGUGGAGAAGUAUGUAGGUAAGUCUUUGUUCAAGUGAUUUGAACAUAAGCAAGGUUGGCAAAGUUUUACUGAUAUUUGCAAUGUGACCGACAUAUAUUUUCACGCAGCACUUCCUAAUUAGGGCACCGCUAAUGAGCAAAAGCUAGCUUGUGUUGAGAACAUGUGACCACUUAGAACAAGGUUUAAAUACUCCAUGUGUUAAAUGGAAUGGCCAUUUAAAAACACGAAUUAGAAUGUUACAUUUGUGUUAAAACUGACUCCAUGUCAACUAGAAACAAAAACGACAACAUGCGCUAAUGGCUGCUCACUUCAGCUAUGAUGUUAGCAUGUGCAGCUAACCUUGUCUACUGUUUUACAUUUUCGUUUUAUAAAUGUACAAGAAUAGUUUCAUUAUAGAAUACGGUGAUUCACAGUGCAUACCUCAUAAUCCAUAUCCCUUUUGCAAUUUAUGGUGCAGUUAAUGUAAAAAUAAAUAAAUAUUACCAGACGUUUUUUCAUAAGAAAGUUUAAAUACCCAGAUCAUUCAACAGUUUCACAUGGUGUGAUUUUAAGUUUUUUUAAUGUUUCCCUUCUAAACUAGUGCUUUCUAAAUAUUUUGUAGAUGUUAUUGUUGGCUAAGUUAAACAAAUGUGAAAAUAUAAAACAUCAUCUGCCACCGCACGUUAAGAGAAGUGCAGUCCUAUGUUAAUUUCCAUGACUGUGAUAAGAACACAAUGCAGAAAAAAAAGAGCAACGAAUAAGUGCAUUUAUUCAGGAAGGAACAUCAGACAUCGAAUAGUGUGGAGUUGUUCCCUAUUCAGUCCCUUUUUUAUUAAAUCAAAGAGGAGCUUUGUUAUGCUUAUUGUCAACCGUGGUACUAAGGACCCACUGCCUUGUAUAUUUUCCUGCAACUUUUAGAUAUCUCUUUUUCAGCAUACCUGUCUCCAAUAUAAGCACAGUACAGGUUGAUUACAUGCUAGUGAGGACAUUUCACCAUGUAAUCUAAGAAUAUAGGACAAGUUGCACAUCUAAAAGUUACAGGACUUUGGCCCUUGAGGAAUGCAGUUUGAGAACACUGUCUUAAGCAUUUCCUUAUUGUGGCGCAGCUGAUCUGAGUGAGUUACAUCCGCUGUGCUGAAACAGUGGUAUACUGAGGAGGUAAUACAAUCAUUUGAUUUGGUUUUGGUGGAACAAAACCUAACGGGCAGUGGGCCCUGAUACCAGUAGACAGUGUAAACAACUGGAAUAACUUCUUAACAGUGUAAGUUACUGCUUGCUGCUCUGACUUAGAAAGAAUAUAUGAACAAAUUGUACAGGAGUUCCUAGUUUAAUCAUAAUUUAAUUUUGCAAAUAGUCAUUGUGGUUGUUUAGCUGCUGUUCUGUUUAAAACUUGAUGAUGAUAAUAUACCCAUAGAUUUUCUCAGUCUAUUAUUAAAGCAUAUGUUACUUUUAUUUUCUCUUGAUCACCAUAGACUUUUUUUCUCUAGAUGCACACAACAAUGAGGCCACAGAGAUUAAAAAUAAAACCAAAGGAUGAAGCAACUCAUUUUGUGAGUCUGAGUCAGGACAAAGAUGGUUUUUAUGUACAAUACAUAAACUCUUUUAAGGGUCGAGGAGUAUUUAGUACAUGCCACUUUCAGACAGGAGCUUUCUUAUUGGAAUAUCGAGGCGAUGUCAUAAACAACGAAGAGUAUGAAAGACGGGUAAAAAUCUAUCAUGAUGCCUUGAAGGUCUUCAUGUUUGAGUUUCGUCAUAAUGGGAAAAAGUUGUGUGUUGAUGCAGCGAGAGAGGAUGGGUCUUUGGGAAGACUGGUUAAUGACGACCAUUUGAUCCCUAACAGCAAAAUGAAGACAAUAACAGUGAAUGGAAGACCUCAUCUCUGUCUCUUUGCAAUUAAGGACAUAAAUCCAGGGGAAGAGAUUACCUAUAACUAUGGAAACGCUGAAUGGCCAUGGAGAAUGAAGGUUUCUGCUCAUCCUGACAAAACUGUAGGUGAAGAACCGAUGGGAUCACUAUCCUCGUCUCUUGAACCACAGGUUUCUGCUCACCCUGACAAAACUGUAGGUGAAGAACCGAUGGGAUCACUAUCCUCGUCUCUUGAACCACAGGUUUCUGCUCACCCUGACAAAACUGUAGGUGAAGAACCGAUGGGAUCACUAUCCUCGUCUCUUGAACCACAGGUUUCUGCUCACCCUGACAAAACUGUAGGUGAAGAACCGAUGGAAUCACUAUCCUCGUCUCUUGAACCACAGGUUUCUGCUCACCCUGACAAAACUGUAGGUGAAGAACCAAUGGGAUCACUAUCCUCGUCUCUUGAACCACAGGUUUCUGCUCACCCUGACAAAACUGUAGGUGAAGAACCGAUGGGAUCACUAUCCUCGUCUCUUGAACCACAGGUUUCUGCUCACCCUGACAAAACUGUAGGUGAAGAACCGAUGGAAUCACUAUCCUCGUCUCUUGAACCACAGGUUUCUGCUCACCCUGACAAAACUGUAGGUGAAGAACCGAUGGGAUCACUAUCCUCGUCUCUUGAACCACAGGUUUCUGCUCACCCUGACAAAACUGUAGGUGAAGAACCGAUGGGAUCACUAUCCUCGUCUCUUGAACCACAGGUUUCUGCUCACCCUGACAAAACUGUAGGUGAAGAACCGAUGGGAUCACUAUCCUCGUCUCUUGAACCACAGGUUUCUGCUCACCCUGACAAAACUGUAGGUGAAGAACCGAUGGAAUCACUAUCCUCGUCUCUUGAACCACAGGUUUCUGCUCACCCUGACAAAACUGUAGGUGAAGAACCGAUGGGAUCACUAUCCUCGUCUCUUGAACCACAGGUUUCUGCUCACCCUGACAAAACUGUAGGUGAAGAACCGAUGGGAUCACUAUCCUCGUCUCUUGAACCACAGGUUUCUGCUCACCCUGACAAAACUGUAGGUGAAGAACCGAUGGAAUCACUAUCCUCGUCUCUUGAACCACAGGUUUCUGCUCACCCUGACAAAACUGUAGGUGAAGAACCGAUGGGAUCACUAUCCUCGUCUCUUGAACCACAGGUUUCUGCUCACCCUGACAAAACUGUAGGUGAAGAACCGAUGGGAUCACUAUCCUCGUCUCUUGAACCACAGGUUUCUGCUCACCCUGACAAAACUGUAGGUGAAGAACCGAUGGGAUCACUAUCCUCGUCUCUUGAACCACAGGUUUCUGCUCACCCUGACAAAACUGUAGGUGAAGAACCGAUGGGAUCACUAUCCUCGUCUCUUGAACCACAGGUUUCUGCUCACCCUGACAAAACUGUAGGUGAAGAACCGAUGGGAUCACUAUCCUCGUCUCUUGAACCACAGAAAUGCAACCAUGUUGUACUGUGCUCAUCAUUUUCAAGCAUUGAAAAAUGCACAUAUUGCUUGGGACCUUUUGUUGCCCUCAAGUGGAAUGGUCUGAAAUGUAAAGACUGUUCUUCAAUAUGGCACAACAUCUGCUAUGAAAAGAUCCAGAGGACUGAUUUUUCACCAUCUUCAUGCGUAGGUGUCUUUAGUUCUCCUUUUGGUACUCUUUAAAAGAGCAAUACUUGAACAAUCUCUUUCUUUUUAAGGUUUCUGACGAAUCAUCUUCAGCUGAUGAUGUUUCAGACAAAGAAUACAUACCUGACUCUGUCAGUUACUCAGAUAGUUCAGUGGAACUCUCAA